AUGCAUCUUAUUGCUGACCACCAAGAAGAAGAAAAACGCAUGCAAGCUCAUUAUUUAUCUUGGAAAUCACAAAAUGAAUUUAUCAAGGAAUGCGGCAAAUUAGUGGUUCAAGAACUGUGGGAGGUCAAAGAAAGAUUCCUUAAGCUAGAAGAACUUAAAAAGAAGAAGGGAUCUGAUAUAACAAAGUUGAUAUUGAAUGUGUUGGAAGAGAAUGAGCUCGACAUAAAAAAUUGUCGUGGUCAAGGCUACGACAACGGCGCUAAUAUGGCAGGUAUUUACAAUGGAGUUCAAGCUUUGAUAAGACAGAAUAAUCUACAAGCAAUUUUCAUUCCUUGCUCUGCUCACAGUUUGAACUUAUGUGCAGUACACGCUAUUGAAUCAUCGGCUCCUGCAAAAUCCUAUUUUGGAAAUAUUCAAAAGCUAUACAAUCUGUUCAGCAGCAGCCCAGUUCGUUGGAAAAUUCUUCAGGAGGAGACAGGCCAAUCAUUACAUAAACUUUCUGUUACACGAUGGAGUUCAAGGAUUGAAUCAGUUAAGCCACUAGCAAAAAAGCCAAGUGAGAUCUUGAAAUCAUUACAUAGUCUAAAAGAGUUAGACCUUCCAGGCGAAAGUAGUAAUGAAAGAACGCGAAAAAAGAUCAUCUCAGAUGAAACUGCUGGUUACAACCACAAAGAAGCAUCAAAAAACUUUGAGUGUAAUGUCUUCAAUGUUGCACUCGACAAUCUGACUAGUCAAAUGAGAUCAAGAUUUAAAGUAAUAGAAGAAAAAUGUAGCAAGUUUUCCUUCCUUUGGUCUUUACAGAAAUCUCAAACAGACCAAGAACUAGGUUUAAAAGCUGAGAAUCUGGCUAAACUUUACCCAGAAGACUUAUGUAAAAACGAAUUUUCUGAUGAAGUUCGGCAUUUUUUUUCCGUAAGAAGAAAUAUUCUAGCCAGCGAAAAGCCUGUCGAACUUCAAAAUGAAGUUUAUGCAAAGGGGCUGCAUUCAAUAUUUCCGCAAGUGUAUGUUUCUCUUAGAAUCUUUCUAACAUUGCCCGUUUCAACAUCUGAAGGAGAAAGAUCUUUCAGCAAGUUAGCUAUCAUCAAAGAUUAUCGUUCCACAAUGGGCCAAGAGCGAUUGUGCUACUUGAUGAUCCUUUCAAUCGAAUCAGAUUUAGCCAUUAACGUUAACUAUGAAGAAGUUAUUUCAAAUUUUGCUGCUAAGAAGGCCAGGAAGAUGUGUUUGUCAAUUAAGAAUUGA